AUGGAAGAGUGUCCAGGAACGUCGGAUGAUCCCGCACUAUGCGACAUUAUUAUUCGUGCUUCGAGGGCCUGCUUUGGUUUCAUGCACCUUCAGAAUCCGCUGUCGGAGGAGGAGUUGAGGGCUCGAUACGAGCAAAACUACAGACAGAAGCUGGCGUGCUGUGACGCAUGGGCAGCGGGCAUAGCUUCAGUGAACGUAGAGACGUCUCGCCUAAAAGCUGAAUUGAGAGAGCGCCGCAGGCUGCUCCUCAGUGAUGACGGUUCGCAGGGAAAUCCUGGGCUAGCAGAUAAUCCCGGUGAAGGUGGCUCGGCAGGGAGAAGCUCGGUUUCCGCUCCGGAUGAUGCAGACGAAGGGCCCAGUACGAGGCGGCCACAUGACAACGCAUUGUAUGAGUCCAAAGAGGAAGCUCACCUGCGACAGUUGGAACUGGCCAUAUUGCGCCAGAAACGGCGGAAGGCAGUGGCAAAAAAGUGUUUGGCAACUGCCGAGGCGACGUUGAGGCGUCUGCAGCAAGUCGGGGGCGCUGAGGAAUCGAAAAUAGCCGCAGCCACGUCGGAGCACGCGGAGGCAGCUGCCGAGCUGGAUGCGGCGUCACGACGCCACCUGUUACUGAGACGACAGAAGCGAACUGUCAAAUCGCUAAUGGGGCACGACCAGAGAGUUCCCCUCAGGGACGCUGACGCAGGGGCUGAGGGAGUGAUACUCCGCUUUCAAAAAUUAGGGAUACCCAUUAGCCGCCAGGAAACAACUGUCCCAUGGCACACGCGUCGCCAGUUUGCGACCCUCAAACACUUGAGGCCCGAUUUUGAUACGGUCGGUUGCCCAGGCGCUAGUCCAGCUGCGCCCAGCGUCAUGCAGCCAGCCACACCACCUGCGUCCCACACUCCUGCACCGAAGUCACCCGGCAACUAUGUGAUGAGCACGGCUGCAGAGACCCUCGAGCAUGAUGCGUCCUCGUGUCCGGCUGGGACAGGGGUGUGCAUCGAACGUGCACGGCGCGAGCCCUCUUCGCGAGGCUCUGAGCCAUGUAGAGUACGAACAGCGCCACUCGCGAACCGCCCGUCUCAGUUCGGAUCAUCGACGGCCCGCCGUGGAUCCCAGAGCAACGAGGAGGAGAAUCUGGUGGAGACAGUGUCGACGCCGGGUGACGGUAGCGCGCUGAGCCCAGCAGUGACAGGCAAAGCUAGGGCGCCUCGGCAUAUGGCAAGGACUACUGGAUGUGGAGGAAUGAUGCAAGCGGCGAGAUCAUCCUUUCCAGGCCCUGCCACGUCUACUGCGCAUUCGCCUCAGCUCAGCGACGACGUAAUGUGGAGCCUCGACGCCGGUUCGUCCAUGUCCCCAAGCGGGUGCGAGGCGGAUGGCUUGACACGAGGCUCCUCGCACACGACGGAGCUCCAGCCUCAAUCCGUUCCAUGGCGUGCGGCUGCUGUAGAGCCUACUGGCCGUUCCGCGGAAGGGCUAGUCGAGCCGGACCUGCGUGCGAGGACGCCUCCAACAGCGGCAGCGGUGCUGCAAUCGGCGGGCUCUCCCAUGCCAGAUGACACUCUGCCUGUCGCGGUCUGCGAGAGUCAGACUGAGGAAUUUCCUUCCGAGGCGCCACAUGUGGGGGAAGCCGUGGCGCAUGUCUGGCAGGCUGGCCCACAAUCUGGGUCUCCAGCAUUGAGGUUAUUGGGUUCCCCCGAGAAACAGGAGGGAGUCUGUCCUACUCCACCUUCAUCUGCCGGUCUGGAAUGGGCCCCUCUUGCGGCGGGCCAGGAAGUCGAACUGGCGCCAGAAGCGCGGGCGCGCCUGUCGACGACUGCGGAAGCAAAGCAGGAAGGCAAAUACCUUUCAAGCGGAGCCUCCGAACCGAGGCUGCACAAGGAUACAGAUACGCCGCAGGCGGGGUGGCCUCUGCCGUCGUGGAUCCUCAAGCAUCGGCAGUGCCCCAGCCUCAUGCGGAACAGCCACCUGAGUACAGAAGUCGUCGGCAUCCGCGAGACCCUAGCCCCGCUCACGGUGACCUGGGGCUCGGGAAACGAAUUGCCCCUCGAGAGACACGGUGACGCCCAGCCAGAGCUGCGAUGCCUUAGGGUCGGCUGGACGCAAACGCAGGAGCCCGUCAGCACCGCAUGA